GAUAAGGUGAAGGCAGAACAUAAAACUCGCGGUCAGCUACAUCACAGUCGUGAUCACUGGGGAGGUCGCUAUGAUCGGUCCGUACCAAGCCUAAGCACCAUGAAUUGGGUAAUCGCUGGAUAGGUCUUUGAAAUUUGAACCUUGUUUCACUACACACGCCUUCUUCGCGUGACUCCCCCUUCAUCUAUAUAUUUCUAUUCCCUCCCGAAGCCCUUCCUUCUUCUGCUCUUCCAUCAUGGCAGAACCUUCCUCCAAUGUCACAGUAUCCCUUCUCCCCGUAUCCCUCUCCCUAGUACACAUCCCUCGUUCUCGUCUACCCCAACUAUCACAUCCCGUCCUAAGGCAGAUCCUCCAGCCAAACCCCACUUUCAUCAAUGUCACCUGCAAUGAGAUCGAACUUAGUCUUUUCGCAGAAUCUCACAUGCUAGCAGAUUUCGAACCCGUCGCUAGACGAGACAGGCAAAGGCAACGAUCUCGCUCUGGCUCUGGAUCCGGUUCAAAGCGUCCUCACUCUGUAUUGCCCCAAGACCACCUCGAAAUAUCCUACGAAAAGUGGAAUGUUCUUCAGAUUGACUCUCAUUCUGAUCAACUCGACAGCUCCGGAGCUCGUAUACAUGAGCUCUCCGCACCGUUAGCUGCAGCUGGAAUCUCUAUCCUGUACCAGUCCUCUUACUUGAGCGACUUCAUAUUUGUAAAGGAGUCAAGACUCCAGGAGGUCAUGUCUUUGCUCGGAUCAACGGGAUUCGAUCUCUAUUCUUCUGACCCGGAACUACUCACUUCUAGAGUAGUCUCCCCAUUGCUCUCCCCAGUCUCCCCCGACGACUCUUCCAUCUCCGACGUAGCCCAGGAUAUCACUGUAGAAUCCGGCGCAAUUCUGACCCGCACAAGGAAUAGUCUCGACCCCGUUUCUGCUGCUGCCAUUAGUUUGCAGUGCAUAAAUCUCACGACAUCACCUAACGACUCACCAACAAGCAGUCCGACUCAUCAUAAACCUCCAUCACGUCACAAAUCCCACUCCCCAACCUCGGGGGAAGUGCGCGUGUUGACUCCUAACCUUGCCUGUGUCGGCCUUUCUGAUGACAGUGUUGACACGUGGGGACUCAAGAUCGUAAAGCUCGUAGCGUUCCCCGAGUUGAUCCCCGUCAAGGAACACCCCUCACGGUCACGCAAGUCACAGUCUCGCAACGCCCGCCCUACCGACGGAGUUCCGCUAUCGUUGUCAAGUCGAAAACGAUAUUCAGAUUCAUCAGAUUCAUUUUUUUCUUCGAGCGACGAUGAGGAAGAAGGUUACUUUUCUCACUCUCCUCUCGGUAACCUGUCAUCCAUUUCACUGCAGUCUUCCGCUGCUUCCCGGUCCUUCCCAGAUCUAUCUAUUUCUGUCCCUUCUCAAACAGGACCUUUCAAACCCUCUGCAAAACACAUCGUUGCACCACUUGCACCACUCUCUCCACUUGAACCAAAGCCAGCAUCACAUCGUAAUCCCACUUUCCACCAUAUGGAUCCAUCGGCCACCAUCAAGAAGCCUGUAGAUGACACCAUACGUGGCAUGGUUCCAUUUUUCAGCUUCACCCGUACACAAGAAGGCACCUCAUUAACAACUGACGUUUCUCUUCUUGCCGCCCUAUUUCCUCCGAAUGAGCGGCACAUGAUGAUUUGCGCUGGCGAACUUGAUGCUCUUGAUGCACAGAGUUCGAGUACAGAUUCAGACUCCGAGGACGACGAGGACACGCUUUCAUCAGGUGGUGCCCUUAAAUGUUUGCAGAUAGAUCUGCGUAGAUUCGGGCUUGAUAAACAUGGCUUAGUGAACCGCUUUUCACGGGUCUUGGAACAAAAUGGUAUCAACCACAUGUAUAGCUCGACCUAUAAAACGGCUAAUCUACUAGUUUCUAAAGCACACGCCAAUCGUGCCCGAGCCUUACUGAAGGCUUGUUAAAUUCCAUCUCCGAUCGCCAUAUUCGUUCGCGCUAGCAAUCACAUCAACACCACCAAAAUGAUCCAGGCAACGCCCGGUGCCGCCUGCAUUUCGCACAUUCAAUCCCUUGGGUGACACCCAAAGAACUUAGAAGUACUUUACAAAACCCAUAUUUCCGCAAGCCCCGCUUUUCGUUUAGCGUUUACAACGAAUGAUACCCCCGUUUCUAU